CCAUGGCUGCUUCGUCCACCAUCAACAGAUUCCUCUCUCUCUUCUUACCCACGAAACAACCACCUUCACCUUCAUCACCAACACCACUCAGCCUCCCUCCUCCACCCCCUCCCUUGCCUUCCCACACCCUCAAAUCCUCACACAACUUGGCACCACUGCUUCCUCAACACCUCUCUUCCUCAGAGUUAUCCUCAGUGAUAUGCCCCUCCCUCGCCUACUCCAACACCCUCUUCUUCCGAUCACCCUACAACAACGUUCAAGCGAAAAGAGAGGUGUUCAAAGCCCGUCUAGUUCAACACUCUACAAGAACAAAGUCACGCCUAAACGCAAAAGCUCCUUCCUUUAUACUUGUUUGCCUUGUAUCAUUUUCAGGCGACCCAUGUCUAAAAACUUCAGCACAGAAAAAGCAGGAUGUGCCAACAACUAAGAAGGAAGAGGAUGAGGAUAAUUCGGAUCUACCUGAAGGAGACAUCCUUUAUAACUCCUUGUUCCUCUAUGCUUGUAUAUAGGUUUCUUUGAUUUUACUAUGUGAGGCUUUUUCCUACAUCUAAGUUUUGUUGAGCAAAAUGUCUUCCUUACUCAGUGCAUUUUCAACUGUGUUAAUUUAAUAUGAUGUAAUGUGUUUGUGCAUCAAAAUUUUGUUAUGCCUUUGGUUCUAUGAAAUCUUGCAUCAAUAACUACUUUUUCACCGACUUGCAUCAAUUAGUAGUUGCCUAAGUUA